AUGCCUAAUUCCGAUCUUCAGGAAAAUGUUGUCGCGGUUUAUAGAUAUGAGAAGACAAGCAAUGAGGAUUUGCAGUUUGAAAAGGGUGAACAUCUAGCUAUUUUGCGACGAUUAACAGAUGGUAACUGGGCGCUUGCUAGAAACGGCAAAGGUCAAACAGGUUUGAUUCCUCUGAACUUCGUGGAGUCUGACGUCGAUCCGCCUUGGCUUCACGGCCAAAUAUCCAGAGAGGAGGCAGAGUCGUUACUUCAAGACGAGCCUCCUGGUAGUUUUCUUGUUCGAGCUUCCAGUCGUUUUGUCGGAGAUUACACACUUUCUCUUGUUGGCGGCCAUUCUUCCGAAGAUAAUUCUUAUGCGACCAAAGUGUCUCCAACUCAGCAUUAUCACAUUUAUUCGGUAAAUGGGUUGGAUAGUUCGGUAUCGUCGGAGUUUUUCUCUUUGGACAACAAGGAGAUGUUCCCCAGUUUGCGUAAAUUAGUCGAGCAUUACAAGGUUGUGGACCGUGGCCUGGCACACCCACUCACUGCGCCAGUCGUGGAUAUGGAGCGCGUGUGUAUGCAGCGCCUUCGUGAUCGACACUGGAUUCCGCGUGAGCAUCUUACCCUUGGGCAGAAACUGGGUCAUGGUGAAUUCGGGGAGGUAUUGAAGGCGAAAAUUGGCGACCGCGAGGUCGCAGUAAAACGUUACAAGGCGUCGGCGAAGCGACAACUAAUCUACGAAGCCUGCAUUAUGUCGGAGUUAAAGCACGAGAAUCUGUUGGAGUUGUUGGGAGUAACAGAGGAACCAGACGAAGACGGGACAGUGGUUGCGGACGGUGCGCCCUGCACAACCUUCUGUCUUGUCACGGAGUUCUCUCCCCUCGGCUCCCUCUUAUUUUACCUGCGCUCUCGUGGCCGUGCUCUCCUCGGGCCCGCCACUCUUCUCUCCUUUGCCACGGAUGUGGCUCGUGGUCUGGUUUACAUGGAAGCACGUUCGUACCUUCACCGUGACGUGGCGGCUCGCAAUGUGCUCCUCUUUUCCUCCGCCAAGCAUCCUUUCUAUCCGGUGGCCAAAUUGGGUGAUUUUGGUCUGGCCUUUCGCCUUCGAUCCUCCUCUCCCACUUUCGACCAUCGCGUCACUGGGGAAGUGGACUUUGAUGCUGUCGAACGUCCCACUUGCGUGGGUCCUCUCUGCUUCACAGGAACCCAGCGGAUGUCUAACAUCACCCGAAUCCCCAUCAAGUGGACCGCGCCUGAGAGCAUAAGAACUAGAAUAUUUACACACAAAUCGGAUGUUUGGAGUUUCGGUGUGAUGCUGUGGGAAUUGUAUUCAUUCGGACGCCUUCCCUAUCCCCGUUUAAUGACGAGUCAGGUGCUGGCGCACCUCGAGGCAGGUGAGCGAAUGGAAGCGCCGCAGGACUGCCCGAAGGGGGUCUACAGCCUCAUGACGGAAACGUGGGCCAGCGAACCUCGCGAUCGCCCUUCAUUCGUCCAGAUUCUCCAGAGGCUUCAGCAAGAGUCCCUGUAG